AUUACCUUACCCUCUCGAUACCACACUGACCCUAUCAACAUUUAUCCAUUACUUUCACUGUGUAGAACUAAUCCUAUGCAUUCAGGAUCAAAACUCGUUACUUUUCGAGGCUCACAGAGCCCCAGUCAAGUUUUGAAUGUCGGUUGCGUUUUGUUUUGAAAAUUUUUUGUUGUGCAUCGGUUUAUUGUUUAGCUACGUCAAAUACUUCACAAAUAGUUUGUUUUUUGUCAACACUGGAGACAACCGUUUUUGUGUAUUUGUUAACAAUCAAAUAGUGAGGUUGUAUGUGAAUGUGUAUAAUUUUAAUUACAAUUUAUUAGUUCGAUAAUAUGGAAAAGUGUCGAAAUUUAACGCCUUGCACUUUAGAACUUUUGGAUGACCCCGCGUUGAAAACUACAGCGGCAAAUUAUGAUUUUAAGUAUGUACCUGGCGAGCAGUUUCAGAAAGUCAUCAGAACUGUACAGCGUGACCGAUUAAAACAUAAAAAGGACAGUAUUUGGAGUGAGUUUUGCCAUUAUAAAAGAAGACCCACUAUUGUUAAUGUCAAAGAAAAGGAUUCAGUCUCAAAGUAUGAAGUCAAACCACAUCAAGAUCACCGAAAUAUAAUCAAAACUAAAACAUCGACAAUAAAGAUUAUAUCAACGCCUAUGGUAGAGAACAAAUCGGAUAACCAAGAGUCCCCAAGCCCUGAAGAGUCCUAUCGGACGUACAAAGUCCCAAAGGUCCGAAUAAUGACCGACGAAGAAAUCAAGAAUGUAGUCGAAUCCGCCUUUAAGGAAGUUAUGGAGCAAACGGGGAAUUCGCAGAUUGUUAAUCAACUACAAACCAGCCGCCAAGAGAAAAAAAAGCCCGAUGGAGAAAAAGUUGAAACCAUACGUGAAAGAUCCUUCGAACAACAACCAACAACUUUACCGGAGGAAGGAGAAACAACACAGAUAAGUGCAAGAUCAAUAAAAACCUCUCGUUCAAUAAAUACCGCACGUUCAAUGAAAACGGCGAGGUCUUCAGUUUUGGAGGCUGUAUCACAAGAAGUAACUAGCCCAUCGAUUGACCUUAUGGAAGACCUACACUCCAGUCCUUACUAUGAAACCAACACCGAGGUGGUUCAGCUGGUAAAGGUGUCGGCAAGGUCGCAACUGUCGACCCGUUCAAUCGAUUCUUCUAAAACUAUUGAGACAAGUAAAUCUAGCGAAAGGACCAGCGAACUUGAUGAGCAAGAUACGGUGAGUGUAAAAUCUGAAGAUGGAGAAAUUAUUCUUGAUAACGCCGUUGAUAAUAUCGUGGUUGAGGACAAGGUGAAAGAAGAGAAGAAAAGAAUUCCAGAUAUAAGUAUUGUUCCCAAACUGACCUGUAUUGAAAGAGAUGAGUUACGCAAAUUUCUUGGAGUAGAGGAAUAUAUACUUAGCUCUGAAAUAAAUGUGGAUCGUUUCGAUGAGGAAGCUAACUCAUCAAGUGACGAUGACAGCAAUGAGAAGCUUGUUGAAGAGAAGGAACCAAAUAUCCAGCCAUUGGUGCGCAUUCGUCAGCCGACUCCCCGACGUGUCAUGCUAAAGCUUGAAGAAGAUGUUAUUAUAAAACCGAUAAAAUCUUCUUCAACCAUUCAGAAGAAAAGUGCCAGAAUUGCUGAGUCUCCUCGAAAGAGAGUACCAUUAUCGGCUCGAGUAAAUACUCCUCGAAUUAACAAGGAGAGCCAUGUUAAGUCCCCCGAAAAAUCGUCAAAGGUUUCUCUUAUUCCUCUAAGACCAUCGCCUGCCGUGACUCCUAGAACUCCCAAGAAGAAAAAGAACGCAUCUCCUGCAGUAAUAUCUGACAUCAGACAGCACGAACUGAAACAGGAGAAUAUAUUACUGAUGGCGAAAAUUAUGGGACAUCUUCAGAAAAUUACUCAAACAAUUGAGCGAAUAAGGGACAACCUUGAUGACAUACCGGAACCGGAUGGCAAUCUAGAUUUGAAGCGUCGAGAAAGAAGAGCUGAAGAAUUUACUGCUCGGUUUGCUCGAAAUUAUUUAUACCAAAUAAGCCGAUUGAUGGAGGAAAUUCGCGUCAUACCAAAAGAACAAUGUUUAUCCAAAAGCGAUAACGAUUUUCCAAUGAAAGUAUGUAAUCUGUUUAGCACCUUAAAUCAAGCGAUACAAUCGUAUAUGAAACAUAUGAGCAGCUUCAUUGUGGAUCAAAACCCUAAGAAGCUUGGAACCCUGCUUGAAGUGAUAACAGAAGCAACAAAAUUAUGCGUUCAUAAGAAAAUCCUUGAGAAGGCAGAUGCAACAGUACAUGAAGUGCUUCGAAAAGCCAAAAGUUUGAAGACAUGCUUGCACGCAAAUCAGGAAAAAUCACUCCAAAUUCCACAGCUAAAACAAAAGAAAGCAAAAAGUCAGAAACCACAAAAGGGAGAAGCUGAUGCACCGAAGCCUGCCAGAAAACUAUCUAUGUAUGAUACUAUUCCGACAAAUUUAGCUGCUACAAAACGUAAAUCAGGACAUAGCUUGAAGGGAACUGCACGCUCCAAAACUAGUAUCCGAAGUUUGAUGCCAAAAUCAAGUUGUGACUCCAGAGCGGCAUUCCACAAAUCAGAAAAGAGGAUAAACCAAAAAAUAGCCAGUACAAGGGUUCCAAGCAAGCCCUCAUUGCCAUCGCCAACUCCUCAUCCUGCACGUAUUGAGGAAAGUGAAAGCAAAGAAGAUGAGUUGUCAAUUGAGAGUCCUCAUAUAGAUAAUGUGAACACGCAAAUUGAAACGGUUAGAAGUGAAGAUAUGCAGGACGAGUUAACACCUAAGUCCGGUGAAAAUCUUGUAAAGGAUAUUAUAGCUAAUGUGAACGAGGGUCAAAAUAUAGAUUCAAUGCAUUCUGCAGAAAGAGAUAAGGACAUUAACAAUACCGUAAUUGAAGCACUGGAGUCGAUAACAAAGCAACAAGUACAGCAGAUUCUAGGACCGUUAAUGUCGAAUCUUGGAGCCUUUGUAUCAAAUAAGGUAAUUCGUGAUUUGACGUCGAUACAUAUUUAUAUCUACAGACAGUUUGUCAAGCCUUAAACAAAAAAAUUAUCUUAUGGCACCG